AUGACAGAAACUGUCGGAAACGAAGCGGUUUUGAAAACUCAGAAUUCACUUAAAAGAUCAAUCGAUGAUGGUGUGGACAAAACUGAUUCCCCAUCAACGGCUGUGAAAAGGCCUGUAAUCGUACCAGCUUGCCGGCCAAGACUGCAGUAUACCCCCUUGAAAACUGGCCUAUGCUACGAUGUCAGAAUGCGCUACCAUGCCAAGAUCUUCACUUCGUACUUUGAAUACAUCGACCCGCACCCAGAAGAUCCUAGACGUAUCUACAGAAUCUACAAAAUCCUGGCAGAAAAUGGGCUUGUCAAUGAUCCGACGCUGAGUGGCGUUGAUGAUAUUGGUGACUUGAUGCUAAAAAUUCCAGUACGGGAGGCGACCGAUGCAGAAAUUCUACAGGUGCACACAAAAGAACACCUGGAUUUUCUGUCUCGAACUCCACAAAUGACGAGGGACCAGCUCCUCAAGGAGACAGAGAAGGGCGAUUCUGUUUAUUUCAAUAACGACUCAUUUUUGAGUGCCAAACUAUCGUGUGGAGGAGCAAUAGAAGCGUGCAAGGCAGUUGUAGAGGGUCGUGUAAAAAACGCGUUAGCCGUGGUACGGCCACCAGGCCAUCAUGCUGAGCCUGAACUUGCCGGAGGAUUUUGUCUUUUCAGCAAUGUGGCCGUAGCAGCCCAAAAUAUGCUCAAGAACUACCCUGAAAGUGUGCGCAAAAUCAUGGUUCUUGAUUGGGACGUACAUCAUGGAAAUGGAACUCAGAAGGCCUUCUACAAUGAUGACAGAGUGCUCUACAUUUCUCUCCAUAGGCACGAGCCAGGAAAAUACUAUCCAGGAACUAUACACGGAAACUACGAUCGCAUUGGAGAGGGAAAGGGUGAAGGAUUCAAUUGCAACAUACCCUGGCCAUGUGGAGGUUUGGGAGAUGCAGAAUAUUUAUGGGCGUUUGAGCAAGUGGUAAUGCCCAUGAGUCGUGAAUUCCAGCCUGAUCUUGUAAUCAUAUCUUCGGGUUUUGAUGCGGCUGAUGGUGACACUAUUGGUCAGUGCCACGUAACUCCUAGCUGUUACGGUCAUAUGACGCACAUGCUCAAGUCUUUGGCCAAAGGCAACUUAUGCGUUGUGCUGGAAGGAGGAUAUAGCCUAGAUUCCAUUGCCAAGAGCGCACUAGGAGUUGCCAAAGUACUCAUAGGCGAGCCGCCUGACGAAUUGCCUGUGAUUAAGCAACCAAAAUCUGAAGCUGUUGAAAUCAUUGACACCGUCAUCCGAACUCAGUCCAAAUAUUGGAAAUGUUUCAAAAGUACACAUGCUAAUGACGGUUGCUCUUUUAAGCAAAAGGUGACCAAUACUAUAAUAAACAAGAACUUUCCGCUGCAGAGCGCCAUACGUCAGCAACAAAUGCGCCAUUUAACAAGCGAAUUUAGCUUUGUCACCUUACCUCUUUUCAAAAUGGAUCUUCCUGAUGACACCGUGAUAUGCUCACCAAAUAUUUACGAUUCUCAAGCAAUAAUCAUCUGUGUCCACGACACACCUGAAAUUUGGGCUCAGCGAAGUCGAGUUACCGGAACUAUUGACCCUUCUAUGUCCAUAAUUAUUGAUACUACCCUUGACGUCAUUAAGUGGGCAUUCGAGAAAAAUUACGGAGUAAUUGAUAUCAACAUACCACAGUCUCUACAUGAACAAGAUAACUACUCUGCUGUCACAACUGCACAGGAGGUACUUGUUUUUAUUUGGGAUAAUUAUCUCAAGUAUUUUCCUGUGCUCAACAAAGUGGCUUUUGUCGGAAUCGGGGAUGCGCAUAGCGGGAUAGUCCAUUUAUUAGGUCACAGGGAUACAAGGAGUGUCGUUAAGUCCGCUAUCUCAUUUAUAGACCAGAGACCUCUAAGACCACUGAUACCUUUGGUUGAUGAAUCUCUGGCCGAUUGGUACUAUAAAAAUUCUUUGGUCUUCGCAAGCACCGAGAACACAUGCUGGGGCAGCGAUGGAAACGAAAACAAAAAGCCUAGAAAGAAGUUCGGCAGAGUGUUGAAAUGCGACUCAGAUGGUCUUAAUAAUAAUAUCGAGGAGAGAUUCAACGAAGCAACAGAUUUCAUUCUCGACACUUUUGAGGAGUGGAGUGACAGUGAAUAA